AUGUCGCCGCACCCGUCUACCACCAAGACGUACGCCUCGCGCGCCGAGCUCCACUCCAACCCCACAGCCAAGCGGCUCUUAGGGAUCAUGGAGCGAAAGCAGUCCAACCUUUGCGUGUCGGUGGAUGUGACGACGGCGGAGGAGGUAUUGGAGGUGGUCAGGAGGGUCGGAAAGAGCGUCUGCAUGGUCAAGACCCAUUGCGACAUCAUCUCGGACUUUUCAAAGGCGUUCGUGGACGAGAUCACGAGGCUGUCGGAUGAGAUGGACUUUAUUAUCUUUGAGGACCGCAAGUUUGCGGAUAUCGGCAAUACCGUCACCCUCCAAUACGCCUCCGGCAGCCACACCAUCGCCUCCUGGUCCCACCUCACCAACGCCCACCCCCUCCCCGGACCAGGCAUUAUCUCCGGCCUCGCCUCCGUCGGUGUACCCCUCGGUCGCGCCCUCCUCCUCCUCGCCGAAAUGUCAAGCAAGGACAACCUCGCGACCGGCCACUACACCCGCGAGGCCGUCCGUAUGGCCCGCGAGGCCGGACCCGAGUUCGUCGUUGGCUUCAUCGCCAUGUCGCGCGUGGACCAAGAGGGAGCGAAGGAAGGGGAAGACUUCCUGGUCAUGACACCUGGAGUGGGGCUGCACUCGGCGGGCGACAAGAUGGGGCAGCAGUACAGGACCCCGAGGGAGGUGGUUUAUGACUCGGGGUGCGAUGUGAUUAUUGUUGGAAGGGGAAUUUAUGGGAUUAAGGGCGGGGAGGAGAAGGUCAAGGAGGAGGCGGAGAGGUACAGGAAGGAGGGAUGGGCGGCUUACGAGGAGCGAUUGGGGAGGAAGUAG